GGUUCUAGAUUUACCGGAUGUACUUUCCAUGUGAAAACGAGGCUGCAUUCUUGUCUGCUCGAGAUAGAAAAACACUGGACAAGAACGGAAUCUUUUCAGUGGGAGACUAGACAGCAGCCAUGAGUGAGCAGUUGAAGUGCAUUGUGCAGGAGUUGGCCAAGGAGCCAUUCAACAAGAACUUCAACUUGAUAUCCUUCGAUUCCCUGGAGCCAUUGCAGCUCCUACAGGUCCUCAAUGAUAUCCUCGCCCUCAUUGACCCUAAGCACAAGAUUGACAUCCGAGAGGAGAGUCCCGAUCAGACCGCCAUUAGGGUGUUCCAGCUCCUCAGGGUGCUCAAGUACAAGCCACCAACAGAAAUCGGCAACUUUUCUCCCAGGAAUGAAGACAUGCAGAGUGGAAGGAGUGCCUUCAGAGCUGGUUUGGUCCAGGGGGAAAAGCCCAUCAUAUACCCCAUUCUGGAAUGGAUGCUGCCCCGGGUCAUCGACCUGCAGAAGAGAGCUUACCUGGCCAAAUACCUGGUGAAAGUGGAGGUGCCAGCGGCCAUCAUGACUGAGGAGGACAUCGUCUCCAUCUUUAAUCAGUAUGAAGAGAUGAUGGAGCAGUUCAAGGACCUCCACAAACAGGCCGAGACUCUGCGGAACUCCGGACACACCACAGGGGAGAUCCGUAAGGACAUUGCCAACAUGGAGGACGAGAAGGAACAACUCAUCAAGCGUAUCGAGAGACUGCGCCGCAAGGUGGAAUCUCACCCCAACUCCCAGGUGAUGAUGAAUGUGGCCAAGAACCUGCGUCUGGAGCGGGACCGCGAGAAGAAGAUCGCCGCCCAGAGACAGGAGCAGCUGAUGAACAUCCAGCACUCGGAGCAGAGGAUCAAACGGAUGCAGGCCCAGCUGCAGCAGGUCCGACAGGCCGGAGUAGGAGCCACCCCAGACACCCUGAUGCAGCACCUGGAGGAGGAGACGAGGGCCAAUGGCUACAUCGUGAAGGAGAGACUGCCCAAGGACAUCUCCGCCCGCAAGAAGGCGGUACAGGACCUGCAGAAGGUCGUGGCCGUGCCUGCUAUGGGACAGUCUGACCUCGAUGACCUCAACGACCAGAUCACUGAGCUGAACUCCGAGGUGAACAAGCUGACUGAGAAGCGCAUGAUGAGCACCGAGCCCACGGAUGACAAGCUGUCACUGUUCCGGCAACAGGCAGGGAUUAUUGCCCACAAGAAGGAGGCGGCGGCCGAGAGACUGAGAGACAUGAGGGAGGAGUACAACCAUGCCAUGCAGGAGGUCGACCAGAAGAGGGAGAUGGUGAAGGAUGCCGAGGGGGGAGAGGUGCUCAAGGGAGAGGACUUCAAGAGAUACGUGAACAAGCUACGGUCGAAGAGCACAGUGUACAAGAAGAAGAGGCAGGAGCUGGCGGAGCUGCGAGCUGAGUUGGGGGUGCUGUCUCGCACCGAGGAGAUCCUCAGACAGAGGGACGACUACAUGAACUCGCAGCUGUCUGCUGUUGAGAGGAAGCGGGGCGUGGAGGGCUACCGCCAGACACAGGAGGACCUGGAGAAGGUGUCCUCCAUGAAGAGUGAGGUGGAUGACUUCAAGGGCCGCACCCUGGACGACAUCUCUGACAUGGUUCGCAGGCUCCACACAGCUAUAGCCGAGAAGAGGAACACACUUGCUCCGGUCCUGCGAGAAACAAGGCCCCUGAGAGAGAGAAUACAGCAACUGCAGCCUGAACAUGAAGGGAAGAAGGUGACGUACGACCGCACAUCUGCUGGGUUGGAGAGUAACAUGACGAGGCUGGACCAGGAGGUUCGAGGCUAUCAGGAGGAGUGUCAGGCCGAGGAGUCGCGCUACCACUACCUCUCCUCCAUGAUCAACGUCCUCAGCAUCCAGCUGACCAAGGUGCAGGAGGAGAUGAAGGCAUAUGUCUCCUCCGACCCACAGGAGAAGAAACGCACUAUGAGGGAGUUGUACUCAAAGAAGAUCCAGGAGCAGGAGAACCUUGGCCGGGGUCUGCGUGAGAAACAGAAGAUGGUCCGCGACAACCACGACCCCAACAUGAGGCAGAUGAAGAUGUGGAGGGACCUGGAGAGACUCAUGGACUGCAAGAAGACCAUCCUGGAGCGAGGGGGUGGAGCCAUUGGGGGAGGGGGUGUGGCUGUGGGUGCAACUGGGGGGUACGGAGAACAGGCACCCACCUACCAUGAGGAGGACAGGCUUGUGCUGUAAGGAGAGGGCGGAGUCUGAUGCUGGAGAGAGUGGAGGGGGUGGGACUGUGGGUGCAUCUGGUGUUAUGGGGAACAGGCACCACCUACUAUGAGGGGGACAGGCUUGUGCUGUAAGGAGAGGGCGGAGUCUGUAGGCAGAGCAGGAUGGGAGGGGAAGGAUAAGAUGUCCAUGAUGGGUAGACAUCCUCUUCGAUGAGGAUGCUGACUAAAUCAGAUAAUGAAUGGGAGGAAAUGGUAAGGGUCAGAAAGCAAGAGAAGUGCCUGUGGUAGGUACUCAUGUAAAGAAGGG